AUGCUCGCGGCGGAGGGCGGCUGGGCGAACGUGGUGAAGCGCGCUCCUCAGCUCGGUGGCUCGACCGAUCGUUUCGAGCUCGCGAGGUACAUAGUCGAGCACACGAGCGUGGACCUGGACCUCGUGGACUCUGGAGGGUUCAACGCCACGGACAUCGCGGCGAUCUGGGGCUUCUACUCGGAGCAGGAGAAGGGUUUCAACUCCAACGUGGCCGACAUCGUCAACUACCUCAAGGACCACGGCCUCGAGUACACCUGGCGCGGGGCCAUCAUCGGCGGGGACUUUGACCGCAUCAACGACUUCCUGGAAAACGGCCAGGACAUCGAAGAGCGGACUGGCUACUACUGCGAGGGCGGCUACCAGAUGACGGGCGUCCAGAUGGCCUUCAAGUACGGCCGUUUCGCGGUGGCCCGGUACCUGAUGGUCCUGGGCGGCCCGGCUGUCGCUGUGGCUUUCGGAACGUCAACCUUUCUAAAGGGAAAGGGAGGGGGAGGUUCGCUCCCUUACAUCGGCGAAGUACCCUUGCCCUUUCCGCUGGACGAGUAGGAUGGGCGUCACGUCGAAGGCUAGAUGAUGGUCGUUACAUCCAGGAUCGUGCCUCUAAUGCUUGCGUAAUCAAAUUCCCCACAUCCAAAGUGGGGUUCUUGUUUUCGCUGGGCACCCCGAG